AUGGCACGAGAAACUCGAUCAGGGGCAUCUUACAAGUCGCCUUCUCCACCAACUACUUCCCAUUCUAAGCUUUCUGCAUCAACAAAAAAUGAAGAUGAGGAACCUCAGUUCAAGCGGAUUGCUUUCACAUCAGAUGAUAAGGCCAAUGUGUAUGAGAACCCACGUUCAAAGAAAUGGAAAGCAUUCGCGGCCGAAUAUGGACCAAUAGCCAGAGCCAAACCUACAGCAGUUUUGAAGGAGACGAGACACAAAAAUGAAAGAUCAAGCUCACAUCAUGGUCUGAUUGGGGACGUCUCAUCGACCGCACAAGCAACCAAUUCUUCGGCAAUAAUCCUAGACACUUGGGAAGUUCAAGGUCAUUACAAGAUAACUAAUAAGCUUGAGGGUUCCAAUCUCGACACAUCCGACUUUGAAUUCAGCAUGUUUUACUAUUCCCACAGUUCUCCGAGGCAGUUAUACGCAAACUUCUCUUUUGAAUCGCUCAAAAAGCGUCUUAUGAGGCUGGCGCCAGGCCCUAUGAGACGCAGCAAUUUUAAACAGUUCGAAGAGAUGUAUGACUUAGAGCCUGGAGAGCUACCGGCUCCUAGGAAUAAAUCCUGGAUUUGUAGGUGGAGAGCUGCUGAUGGAGGAUUGCGUCUGGGUACACCAGUUGGGGGUGAAGGUGACAGGAAUUACGAAUUCGUAUUUGAACACAGGCCAGCUAAUUCGACGUGCGACUUUACUGGCAUCGAUGUCGAAUUCGGCAUUAUCUACAAUGAUAACCCUUUGAUAUUUCACGGCACCAAAGUGGCCAAUCUUACCACGGAGACGGCUGACGACGUUACAGAGAAAGUGGGAAGAUACUUCUAA